GAUGCGCACGUGAUGCUAUUUUUUACGUAACACGCAGAGAAAACAACUGCAUGUUCAGGAGCGCGAGUCACUAGGUUCUCCUGAACCGAUAACUGUAAGAAUGCUUUGACAUGUUUGUAUUUAUUAUUUUUGUGGCGUAUCUGUGAGUGUCACACACAGGCAUGUCCUUGCAAAGACUAGAGCAAGAAUAUGCUUGGGAGGAAAGGGGAAGAUUUUUUAUAGCACCUGAAACAGAAGGCGACUGGGACGAGGAAGACCACGUCGAUCACCGUCAACUUGUUUUAUCCAAAGCUGACGCUUUAGCGUCGGAAAAUCGUCUUAAAGAGGCUGUCGAUAUGUUUUCCAAGGCUCUCCGAUAUGGUCCGGUCCAGCCGGACCAGCUGAGCAGUUUAGUCGGAUGCGUUCUGCGCAACUUCAAGAAGAAAUCAGAAGAGUCCUCAGCAAAAAGUGAGCCGAACUGGACUCAGGAUUGUGUAUUCGACUGCCCUGGCUGUCAUAGUUUCAUAGCCGAGCCCGUGACGGUGACCUGUGGACAUACGUAUUGCAGGAGAUGUUUACAGCAUAGCACUUUUUCUAAAUGUAAACUGUGCAGCGAUGACAUUAGGAAGAGGCCCGGGGAACCCCGACUGAAUGUGAUCCUAUGUGGACUUUUAGAGAAGUGGUUCCCUGAAGACGUGAAUAGAACUAAAUGUUUAGGGGAAGCUGAAAGCCUAUUGAAGAGGAAACACUACGGCAAUGCUAUUGCACUAACCAAUCAAUUAUUAGAAUCUGGUAAGUUCGCAUCCUUCACUGUGUCUAAAUAAUAUAUUGACUAAUAUGACAACAAUGCCAUGACCAAGGUUACUAGGUCAGAACACCGUCGCCACUUCUUAUAUUGUUUAUCAAAAAGGUACGAGGUAGACAGAGCUCCACUGAUCAACAUUUGGAUUGACAGCCGUAACUUAUGUAUUAGCCCCGCCCUCAGCGAUCAUGUAACUGGCGAGCGCCUGUAUUACAAAACGCGUUCGCAGGGCGCAUGCGCACUCGGCACGCGUUGUGUAAGGCAGGUCGUGUCACAAAGUGUUUUGUAAUCUGAGACAAACUGAGUUUGAUAAUAACAAGUAGAACAGUAUGUAAUAGCAACAAUGUUCAGGUGUCUGUUCAAUAGAGAGAUGCCUAAACGUUGUCUAAUGUCCUGUCCU